AUGAAGGACACGUUGUGCCAGCUCUACGCUCCAGACCUCCAGUGCGCCUCCACAGCCCAGUACGUCCUGUGCCUGCUCCUCGCACUCCCCCUUAAGUGCGCCUUCCCAGUCUGUCAGGUGCGUCCUGUGCCUGCUCCUCGCACUCGCCCUGAAGUGCGUGUCACCUGUCUGGCGCCACCUGCGCCGGCUACACGCAUCAGGCUUCCAGUGCGCCUCCCCAGUCCAGAGCUUCCAGCGACGUUCCCCAGUCCGAAGCUUCCGGCGACGUUCCCCAGUCCGGAACCUCUAGCGACGUUCCACGGUCCGGAACCUCCUGAGACGGUCCAUGGUCCGGAACCUCCUGAGACGGUCAAUGGUCCCGAACCUCCUGCGAGGGUCAACGGUCCGGAACCUCAAGCUCCAUGGCUGGAGCCUUCCCCUGCGCCGAUGCUCAGUCUAAGCACGACAUCCAGUCCAGUUCCAAGGCCAGAGUCUUCUUUGGCUUUGGUGCCCAGUAAAGGCACAGCGUUCAGUCCCGCUCCAUGGCAGGAGUCUUCAUCUGCACCGAGGUCCAGUCCAGGCACAGUGUUCAGCCUGGGUCCCUGGCUGGAUCGUUGGAUGAGCGGGUUCUUCGGCCUGCACCAGAGCCGCCACCGACACUAG